AAACUUUUUUCCUAGCCACUUCUCUGAGGUUCCAAGAUUCUUCUUCUUCUUCAGUUAAAUUGCCGCCUUCAACAUUUUGAAGAUUCUGCAACUUGAUUCUGAGUCUGAGAGUUAUCCUGGUUUAACAAUUGCAGUAUAUUUUUCAGUCUUCUAAAGACCAUGCAGCAAGCCUACAUGCCAAUAUUACUUCCAAGGAACACAAAUUCCUUUAUUUUUUGGUUUGUUGUUGAGAAUGAUAUUUUUAAUGUCAUCUGCCAUAAUUUGCAUUUUGCCACGUUGAUCUUCUUCAUAUCCUAUUUCUUUGCAUGAUCUAUUUAUCAAGCUCGUCAGUGGUCGUGUUGAGUUUCUUGAAGACAAGAACCAACAGAGGGGUGUGUCAUAUGCAUGACGGAUGUUGUAUGCAUGCUUUUCUCAUUUGCACUCCUGGGUCAAGAAAUAUUGAAAUGGACCGGAAAUAAAAGGCAUUCUUGUCUCGCACCAAAUUCAACUGUAAUCCAUUCGGAUAUUUUACCCUUGACGAUUACUGCAUACUUUAACUGAGCAUACUGUACGUGCAUCAGCUUAUUAUGGUGUCAAAAAGGCUGCUCGAAAGUCACCAAAAUGCCAAUGUACAGGGAAAACUGUUCAAGACAACUGUGUCCCAGAAAAAAAUGAAAGCAAGUGAGAAAGAUGGACACAAGCGAUAUUGAUGGAUCUGAAGUACCUUGGGGGAAAGUAUGGAUUAAAGGACAGUUGAUGUUCAUCCAACAGAGGAGGAGAAAGAAGAUUUAGAUGAAAUUUUAGCAAAGAAAAGUAAAACAAAUAGAGAAACAGAAAAAACAGGAGAGGAAAAAUCUACAUUACAUUCUCUCAAAGAAAGAAGGCUCUUCAAAGAAGACUGCUGAGAAGAGGAAAAGUAGGGUGGAUAGUGAUUUUACUAGUAGUACUGACUGUGUAUUCUGUGGAACUAAAGUUGACGCCGCCAGAUCUGAAUUUGGCUAUGUGAAAACUUCUGAAAUUGUUGAAUCAAUUAAAGAAACCAUUACAAAUGUUCGGAAACUGAUGCUAACAUCGCCAAUGCUAUCGCAAUUUUCAAUCUGGUCUGGCCAUUCCUGUUCGAUUCCAAUCAUCUACUGGAGUACCAGCAAAGCGAAAAAGAUCUGGAAGGCCAAUAGGGGACGAUCGAGCUCAAGCAUUUUCUCAAGUAUGCUCUUUCCUUGAAAGUAAUGACGAAGAACAGUAUAUCAAACUUAAGAGAAAAAAUGAAAGAGUUAGAUAUUAAUAAGUCAGAACCAUACACCAACAAACACAUCAAGAAUAAGCUAAGGGAGAGAUACGAGGAUAACAUUUGCAUUUCUGAAUGUGAUGGGUAUAAUGAUUUGGUUACAAUGAGGGAAAAGACAUCAACCAUUCUCAGGUCAUACUUUCAGCGAAAGGAUGGUAAUGAUGAUUUCCAAAAAUGGGCAAUUAUUGAAACUGCUGCAAUGCUAAUCAAGUCAGAAAUCAAGACAUGUACCUCAUGUGUGACAGAUACCAACCCUAGUACAACAGAACUUCUGGGUGAUGCUCCAUACAAGUUUUUGCCAGAAAGUCUAUGGCUAUUUCUAGAUUUGAUUAUUGUUGGAGAUAAGAAUCACACCAAAGUUUCUAGCAUAGGCCAAGCACUAAUUCAAGCCACAAGGCCAAGAAUGGUUUUGGUGCCACUUCAGGUUGGACUUGGUGUUCAGCUGUAUCAUCUUUUUCGAUCAGAGUUUUUGCUUUCUACCCUAGCGACAAUGGGGUUUUGUGUAUCUUACAAGGAAGUAAAACGAUUUAAAAAGAAUGCAGCUUCUUUUGUAUCUCAAAAUUUCCUAGAUGAUAUAUUGGACAAGAACGAAAGGCUGAUAAUGUUUGCUGGUGAUAAUGUUGACCAUAACCUUGUCACAUUGGAUGGCCAUGGAACAUUCCAUGGUAUGGGAAUUAUUGCAGCAACCACACCUGGAGUGAAGUUGAACAGUGAAGUGAAACGGUGCAAAGUGACAGAUCUCGAUAUUUUAAACAAAUCAAGAAUCCCUAUUGUCAAUUACCGUCCAUCAAGUCAAGCACAUAAGGAAAUACUAUUUGAAGAUGUUCCAAAGUUUCCAGGAAUUAUUGUUAAAAACAUAGAUGUACUGUGGGAGCUGUCAUUAAAUUUGACCAAACCAACACCAAACUGGCAGAAACUUAUGCACACGCUUCACAGUGGGAGCAAUUAUCCUGGAAAAUCUACAGUGACAUUUCUACCAAUGAUAGACAUGUAUUCAGGUGACAGGUCAUGCAUACUAUCAACGUUUACAUUUACGAGUACAUUUGUACCUUGACAUCUAAGUACAAUUUAACACCUAUUAUAACA